ACCAAUUUUUCAUACAAGUUAAUCGGCAACGUUGCAUUUGAAGUGGUCCGACACUACCAGCUACUGACAUCGCUUUAGCCGCUCUAGACAGUCGACGAUCGACGUCACGCCAUGGCAGGUUAGAGCGACAGAAUAAAAACAGUCACAGCCACCCACUACUAAUACAUACUUUUACUUCAAUAUCAUAAUCUUGUGUAUUUGUUGCUAACACGUGCGAACGCAGUGCCGCCAUAUUGUGGUUCCGGGUGCCUACGCCGACACUGUUGACAGUACCGUUAGAAAUCGGCGGGUGACGGUGGUUCCUAAUUAUUAAAACGUCUAAUGCGAAACUUCGAUUUUACAAAUCAGUGUUGGCUGCUUCAAUUACAUUCAGUGUGCUGUGAUUUUAGUGCGUUUUCGGACGCAUUGCGUAAUCAAUGACAGAAAGUGUGGUUGUCGUCAGGAGAGAUGGGAAGUGAGCAUUACUGCCUGAGGUGGAACAAUCAUCAGAGCAACCUCCUAGGCGUUUUUAGUCAGUUGUUGAGAGACGAAAGUUUAGUCGACGUCACUCUGGCCUGCUCGGAGGGCCACUCAAUUCGAGCUCACAAGGUAGUGCUAUCCGCUUGCUCUUCCUACUUCCAGACGCUGUUCGUCGACCAUCCCAGUAGACACCCCAUCGUAAUCCUUAAAGACGUGCGAUUUUCCGAGCUCAGAACCCUUAUUGAGUUUAUGUACAAAGGCGAGGUUAACGUCGAAUACUGUCAACUGUCAGCAUUACUUAAAACUGCCGAAAGUCUCAAAGUCAAAGGGCUUGCCGAAAUGACACGUGAAUAUAAACCUCUUCCUGAACAAACUGAACCCAAAGAACUCACCACCAAGCGAUCACAACAGUCGCGACCUAUUACUCCAGACGAAUUGGAAGAUUCUCAGAAUUCACAAUCUUCAGUACAAAACCUUCGAAUAUGUAGAUCACCUUCUGAAAGGGACAGGGAACGUGAUAGAGAACGGGAAAAGGAUAACAGAGAUAGAGAUCGCGAAGUCGAAAAAGAAGAAAAAUUAUCUCCAUUGGGGGAAAGCAAUUCUCAACCAAUUUCUAAUGAUUUUGGUGCUAAUGAUAUGAGCAUUCAUAAUAGUAAUAAUUUAGUAGCUACAUGUUCCUCUAUUAGUUUACCAGGCCCUUUGUGCAAUAGAUUAUCGCCGUCUAUUAAUUGUGAACCCCUCCCAGGCCCUUCGAAUUUGCCUCCAGUCCAACAAGUGCCUCUGAGUCUUAAAAAAGAAGUCGAUUGGGGAGGAGGAGAAGAUAAAAAACCUCCCAUAAGUCCUUCAGAGUUUUCACGGAAUCUUCAAGAUUCGACUUCAAUGGAAACUGAUCGAUGCAUCGGUUCUCCCGUCCCAGACCGUCCUUCAAGUACCCAAAGCAGCCGAUCCUCCACACCAUUUGCACUUCCUUUCCCUACAAUUCCCACUUCUCUUCUUGAAGUUGGUCUAAUGCACAGUGCUUUGUUAGGAGAAGAAAUGUUUCGUUGUUCCUCAUGUAUGGCCGCUUUUCCUUCGUUAUGGUUACUAGAACAACACACGGCAUUACAGCAUAUAGGAGCAAUUAGUUCUUUGGAGAAGCCAUUUGUUUGCGAACAAUGUGGACAAAGUUACAGAUACAGAUCGGCUUAUGUGAAACACCGAGAACAAAACCAUCGUGCCAGACUUCCAGCCGAUAAACUUUUCUCCUGUGAUGUAUGUGGAAUGCAGUUCAGAUAUCUGAAAUCUUUUAAAAAACAUAGACUCAAUCAUGCUUUAGAAAAAUUGCACGGUAAAAGUGCGGAAGUUCCCAAAGAAGCUAAAGCUUCUGAAGAAGACAAUGACGAUGAAAAAAGUGUUCAAGAAAAUAGUAAUGAUCAAGUAUCUAGUUCCAAUGAAACCAUUAAUGUCGAAGAAGAAAGCAGUCCUAUUGUUGUGAAAAAAGAAGCUUCCGAGGAAAUUACAGGUGAAGGAACUUCCUCAGAUGCAGAAAAAAACGAAGCCGAACAGGACGACACUAUAGAUUCCAUAGCAUUUUCUUGUCAAGGUACCUCAGGAUACCCCACCGACCUAUUACGUACCUCUGAAUCAUCUAUAAUCAACUUUUUGCGUGCAGAGUCUAUCGAAAAACAACGCGAGCGUAGAUUCGCUUGCCCUUUUUGUGGAAAAUGUGUCCGAAGCAAAGAAAACCUCAAAUUACACGUACGCAAACACACCGGAGAACGACCAUUCGUUUGUUUAUUUUGUGGUAGGGCAUUUGGCGGGAAAAGCGACCUUACUCGUCAUCUUAGAAUACAUACGGGGGAACGGCCGUACCACUGUGAUAUGUGUGGAAAAUGCUUUGCUAGAGCUGAUUACCUAUCAAAGCAUCUUACCACUCACAUUAAUACUCCUCGUUAAAUGAAUAUAACUGCAGAUGAAUAGUCAUGGUUCUUUAUUUUAUUUCAGAACUUACAUUAAUCAAAUUUGAGCUAAAAAGUAUAUUUGGAAAUAUUGGAAACCUUAAUAUUAUUCACAAGUCAUCAACUCUAUCGCGGGUCCAAGAAGAUUACAGAUUUUUUUCAAAUAAGCAAACGAAACGAUCAUGAUGUGUAAUUUGAUUAUUGAAAAGCUGAAUAUUGAUUUUUUUACAUAAAUAGAGAGCAUUCUGUUACGGAAUAUGAUGAGCUGCCUUAUUAAUAUUAGACUCAAAUUUCAGAUUCAAAAAUGCGAAUACAGCUGUCAUGUAUUUUUUAAUAUUAAUUGAUAUUGCAUAACUUGAAUGUUUGGCAAUCAGUCAGUAAAAAUUUUGAUGAAAAAAAAGUUAUCUACUAUAUGACCCCUCCUUUCUCCGCUACAACUUCACAAAUGUUACAAUAGGCCAUCUUGUUCAUUUUAAUUUUUGUGGGGUCAAAUUCAUAGUGAUCUGACAAUUCAAAGAUUUGAAAAUAUCAUUAUUAAUACAUCGUCUAUCUCGAUGGAUGCUUUCUUGAGAAUGAUCACUAAAAUUUUCCUUUCGAUCUCAUGAUAAAUUUCACCUCCAGUUCUUUUAAGUUUUGCUCUCCUGGUAGCCCUACAAGAAAAAAAUCAUAUGUAGUGAAGUUGUAAGAACGGGCAGUCUAACGGAUAGGUGCGUUCUGAGAUAUUUUCCGAUUUGGGCCGAAGUGAUUGAUGAUUACACGAACCAUGUGAAUUGUAGCUCCAUCAUGUUGCAAUAAGGUUACAUCAUUUAGACCAUGUCCGCGACGAAGAGGAAAGAAGAUUGCUCCUAACAUAUCCGUGUUGACCCUCAUUAACAGUAAUAGCUUGCUCCAUUUCAUUCUAAAAAAAUGGUCAAUCAAAAUUUCUAAAAUUCGGUUUGUUUACACAGUCAUAGAAUUCAUUAAGCUCAGUCUUAGUUUUAGUAACCCUUCCUUUUCGCAAAAAAUAAUUCUUAAUGAGUACAGGAAAUUCAGUAUUAUCCCAAAUAGCGAGGUAGUUCGCUAGUAUUGACUGACGAAUACAAAAUAAAUGAAGCAGCUCAUCCUAAUUUUGGAGGUGUAAAAAAAUCAUUUUACUGUUUGUUGAUAGAAGAAAUGUUACUCUUUUAGUUCAAAUUCUGGGGACUUAAUGUUCAGUCCUCGUUUAGCAAUUCUUGGAUCAAAUACUAAUUCAGCUCAGCAAAUUCACUAAAAAAUAUUAUCCAGCAUUUGAGAUUUCUUUUUUGAUAAACUUUGUUGACGAUGGAACUCGUCUUGGUGUAAAAGGUAUGACUUUUUAUAUUAACAGGCAUGACAAUUAUAUCAAAAUCUAGUUUGAUAAUGAUACAAAAUACAUUCUACAAGUAAAAAACAACUUCAUUGAAAUUAUAAUUCAAGCUUUACAUUGUGAGAUUCGAAUUAUUAAUAUAACAAAUUGAAAAUCAUGACUAUUCAUCUCUUCUGAUUAAUAUUUCUUCAGGCUGCGCAAUUCCAAAGAAUAUUUCAUUUUUCUCUUGAACCAGAGUGUGUGUCUAAUAGUUUUAUAGAUAUAAAUGAAAGUAUAACUUUACCUGAGCACAUAUAUUAACUUUAAAUGUUUCUCUAAGGUUAUGGUUUCAAAAUCCUAGCUCAAGUGUUCUUUAUUAUUUAGUGUUUAGCUAUAAUGUGUGAUAUUUUUGUGACAGUGAUUACUAAAUCUGUUAAAAACAUCGUUGUAAUUAUAUAGUACGUUGAGAAAACAUAAGAUAUAAUAAUGAAGCAGUAGUUUUUUCUAAACUGUAAAAAACCAAAGUCAAUUUUGUUCAAUUUUACGUAGCUUGUCGAAUUCUCUACAAAAGUUUUCUUGAGUAAAUAUGUACCGUUAAUCAGUUUCACAAAGUGGUAGAAAAAUAUUGUAUGUCAACCGUUAUGAAACAAAUUGAUUUAUUGUUAUAAUUGAUGUUAUUAAAGAACUAAGAAACAUACAAUUAACUGAAUAAAGACACAAAUAAAAUAAAGUCUAAAUAUAAAGUAUACAAUAAAUAAAUUUUGAUCCAAAUCUUAACAAACAUAAUAGCAGAAAUUGUUCUAGAAUUUUUAUGUAUCUACUUUUAUUUUUUGGCAAUAAUGCAACAGUCUUCAUAACUUGAUAAUGUUAAUUUAGAGAUUUUCCUCAAACUUUAGUUUUUAUUUUUAUAUAAUAACUGUUGGUUUACUAUAUACUAAUAUUUUACUAUUCAUAUCAUGGAGUAAGUCGAGACAUAACAAUAUUUAAGUGAUGUAAAAUUUUGAAACUAAGGGCAAAACAACUGGCGGAAGUAGAUUUUAUUUUUACAUUAUCGUAAAGAUGGAUCUAUUAAUUUAUUUUUAGACUUGAUAAUAACAAAAAAUAUUUUCAUAAAAGUCAAAAAUAAAUCUAUGAAAAACAUGUAUCUUACUGAAAUACACUAUAUUAUUAAUAAUAUUUAUUUGAGAAAAUAAUCGUAAAAAGAUUUGUGAUAUAUAUUUACUUAUAGAAUAAGGGAUGUAAGAGAAUCAAUUCUAACUCAAUUUCACCCAAUUCCAAUUUAUAAAUUUAUAUCUUCUUAAUUAUUAAGUAAACAUACACUCUGACCGUACUGUUUUACAAAGUGCCUAUUCAACACUGUUAAGUUGUUUUAUUUCCAUUAAAAUAUUUAUUCAUCAACAUUAUAAUUUUUAUAUCACAUCCACUUUUUCCACACACAAUAAAAUUUUUGUCUUGAAAAAAUGUAAGAACAGGACAAACUGAACUAUAACUAGAAGUUAUAAUUUAUGCAGGUCUAUAAUUCAGUUUGUAAUUUCGCCAGAAAUAUAGAUUUUCAUUAUUGGUAUAAUGCGAUGAAGAUCAAAAUAUUUAACCUCGCAGCAAACAUAUACUUUGUCCAUAUCUAUUUUAAUAUUUAGUUUCUCUUCAAAUCUCAAUAAAACUUGAUAAUAUAUAAUUAAAGGAAUAGUGGACAUCAAAUCCUAAUUUCUGAAACUACUCAGUUCCUUCCUAAUAUGCUUACAUUUUUUCAGUGCAGAUUUAUUUUAUUUUCUAUGUACCGGCUAUGUACAGGCUGUUCUGGGCUCUGGCAACGAAAAAUAUUUCUAUAAGUAGAGAACAUCCUGUAUAGCCAGAGACUUAGAUAUUUUCAAGUUUAUUUGGCUGUGAUUACAUUUUAGGUUUUUGUGAUAAGCUGUAUUAUUUAUUUUCAAAGAAGUUACCUAAGCAAUAUAUUAUUAUAAGAUAAGAUCCUAGUCAAGAGAUAUUAGAUUGCGACAUAACCACCCAAACACCCCUCCCUUCCCUUAUUUCUCACUCCGAUUUCUAUGAUAGGUAUGAGAGGUAACAUUUUUUAAGGUUUGAAGGACUAAUAUUUAAUAUGUCUUGUGCCAAAAAUUGAUGUACCACGUACCUCAAAUGAAGUAAGUGAUUUUAACAGCUAGUUUUGUUCAAAAAUUGUUUAUGUAAAUGAAAUAAUAACACCCAAAUAUUUGCAAUAUUUCAAAUGUGUACAUUAUUGAAGUUGCUCGCUUAGGAGUAAACCCUUAGAGACAAACAACUCCGCAAUUCUAAAGGAUUCAUUAAUUUUUUAGUUAUUGUCAGUUCUGCAGAGCUUCAAUUUUAUGAAUUUAAAUAGUUUCUAUAAUGAACCUUCAACUUUUUAUUAUUUGAAUCUGAUUUUUUUUCUACUAAAUUCACAAAAUGUUUGGAAAAAAUUUGAAUAAUAAUAUCAAAUUGUAAUAUAAUCGUUAUCUUUAACUAUCCCAUCACCAAAACACAAAAACGUGCUCUAAAUAAACCCCGGUCCUCUUGCUUCUUUCAAUAAUUCUCAAGGUUCUCACAAAUCAACUGAUAUUGGUCAUUUUUUUGAAGUUUUUUGGUCAAUUAAAAGUUUUGAGAAAGUUGGGCGAGGAGCCAUGGCUCUGGUUGAAAAGAAAUGUCAUUUUAGAAAUUAUUACCACAAUUGGUAGAUUGUUAACCAUUUGCUUAAUAAUAGUCAAUAAGUUGAAAUACCUAUUUUACUGAUCUCUCAAUAUAUUUAUUGAAAAGGUCAACAGCUCUUAUCAUUAUUUUUCAAUUUGUUCUACUAAAUAAAGUAAAACAAAGAUUUUUCAAUACACUGUUAUGUGGUUUUUACAAUUAAUUAAUUUUUAAACAUGCCAGUAACACUAGACAGUCCUAUUAUUUUUUCAUCCACUUCAAACUGUUAAUACUUGGUAUAAUAUUACAUUUGCUACUUUAACUUUGAGAGUACAAGAUCUAGCUCAGGCGCGGAUCCACGGUGAGGGAACUGGGGGAACGUUAACCAUUCUCCUUUUGUAGCCUAGAUAUGUAAAAAUUAUUUGAUAAUUUAUAUUUCAUAAUUUAUUAAAAUCAGAAAUCAAACUGAGACAGUGUAAGCUUAUCCAGUACCUUUUAAAUAUCUGAAAGUUCUCCUCCCAAAAGUCGGGCCUAGAUCCGCUCCUGAUCUAGCUGUAUAUAUUUUUUUUCACUUUCAGGUGUUAUAAUGAUAAAAUAAUAUAAUUAAUCUGACAAAGUAGAUAUUGUUCCAUAUUAUCAAAAUCCUCAUAUUAUUUUACUUCAUAAUCAUCAUCAUGGCGUUUAAUCUAUUGGAUUAUGGCUAGCGCUUUCGGCGCCUAUAUAUCCCUUUAUCGGGUGGAUUACUCCCCUUGUUUUUUGUUAUAAUAUUUUGUUGAUCCUAGCUUCGUUUGUCACAUUUCUUCAUUCUUCUCUGCUUUUGCAUUUGGCUUUC